AUGACUAUCCCGUCUACUCAGAUUGCAGCCGCUAUUCCACCUUCGGGGCCAGAUGGGUCUCUCACUGUUACUAUUAGCAAGACGCACCCGGUUCCCAAGCCAGGUGAUGGAGAGGUUCUUGUCAAGUUGGAGUAUUCUGGAGUCUGCCACAGUGAUGUCCACAGCAUUCGUGGUGACACUCCAAUGUUGACUGAUGUUGCGGGCCAUGAAGGAGUGGGCAAGGUAGUAUCAGGUGAGGAAGACAUUGCAGACGAGAAUAUGGAUGUCAAUGUUCCUGGAACAUUUCAGCAAUACAUCGUCACGCCAGCCGUGCAUGCUACAAAAAUCCCAGCAGAACUAUCUCCUGACACAGCGGCUCCCCUUCUAUGCGCUGGCAUUGCCAUGUACUCAUCGAUCAAGAAGACAAAAGCACGCCCAGGUGACUUUAUUGUGAUUCUAGGAGCAGGCGGGGGACUGGGACACAUGGGCGUUCAAAUUGCAGCAAAGAAAGGACUCGGGGUACUCGCUAUUGACAGCGGCGAAAAAAAGCGCAAAUUGUGUCUCGAGCUCGGAGCCUCCCAAUUCCUCGACUUUAGACAAGUGGACAUUGUCGAAGCCGUUCAAAAGGCCACGUCUGGGCUGGGUGCACAUGCCGUCAUCUGCACCGCCAAUGGUGAAAAGGCCUACGAACAGAGCAUGCAGAUGCUUCGUCGUCUGGGGACCCUUGUGUGCGUGGGGAUUCCGAAUUCUCCAUUUCGACUACCGGCUACGCCGUUCGAAAUGAUUGUGAAAGGUCUGACUAUUAUUGGCAACUCGGCCGGAAGCAAAGAGGAGAUGAACGAACUGAUGGAAAUGGCGGUGGCGGGCGAUAUCAUGGCUCGAAUCGAUGUCUAUGAUCUCGAAGACAUUGUGGACGUUCUGAAGCGUCUUGAGAAUUCCGAGAUUGAGGGUCGUGUGGUGUUGCGAAUUCCGGAGUAA